AAAAUCGUUUGAAAAUACAUGGCCCAUUGCCGCAAAGGAAAUAUAUGACCCACACUGCAAGGGACCCUAAAAAAGACCCACACAGCCCAGACCUACACUACGCCGCCGUCCAGUCGUCUUCGUCCAGUCCCCGCCGCCGCCGCCGUCCAGUCGUCUUCGUCCUGCCGCGCGCCGCCGAUGGCAGCACCCAACAAGGCCGCUCCUCGCGCAGCAAGCACCUCGGUGAUUGGUCGCUCCCUAUCUCCACGGACGGCGAUGGCGGAGGGCUCGAUGGACAGGCUCACCGACGACAUCCUCGCCAACAUCAUCUCCCGCGUGCCCUACAAGUCGACCUGCUGCUGCAAGUGCGUCUCCCCGCGGUGGCGUGACCUCAUCGCCCACCCCGACCACUGCGCCAAGAUGCCCCAGUCCCUCAUCGGCUUCUUCUACGAAACCGACGACGGCCCAACGAAGGAUCGCUCUUUUAUCAACGCGUUAGCGCAAGGCUGCCCUCCUCUCGUCGACCCCUCGCUGUCCUUCCUGCCCAAACACGAUAAUCUUCACAUCUUGCACGGCUGCAACGGUCUCCUCCUCUGCCUCCUCUAGG